AGAGCAGGCUGAGGCACAGUCCGGAGCGUCAGGUUGAGUGGAAACGAGGCGGAGGGACUGUUUGCUGCCGACGCCGGAGAGAGGCACCGCACUGUGCGGACCUGAGAGUGGACGAACAAGACGGGGAAAGUUUUUAUUUAUUUAUUUAAUCGCCGUGCCGGCAUGCUUUCCUGAACGGAAUACCCACGUGAAAACACAAGCUCAGCUCAGCGCGGCGUGGUGAGGCGAGUCAUGCGGAUUGGCCCGGCCCUCGGACGGUGAGAACGCCACAGCCCGAGCGAGAAACAUGGCCGACCGGGAGGGCAGGUGCGAGCUGCCCAUCGCCCCGGGCCAGGUGUACAUCGAGGUGGAGUACGAUUACGAGUACAAGGCCAAGGACAAGCUGGUGACUAUCAAGCAGGGCGAGUGCUACAUGCUGGUGAGGAAGACCAACGGGGACUGGUGGCAGGUGAGGAAGGACGAGAACACCAAGCCCUUCUACGUGCCCGCCCAGUAUGUGCGGGAGGUGCGCAAGGCCCUCAUGCCACCCCCGAAGCCCCUGAACCUGGGCGGGCCCGCCAAGCCCAAGCCCACCGUCCUGGACAUUCGGAGGUCCAACGAGAACCUGAACAAGCAGCCGGAGAUGUCCAGCUUCGGCCGCCCCUCCCCUGGGCCCCUCACCCCUCCGGCCCUGCCCAGGGACGCCAACCAGAACCCCAGCAGCCCCGGGCACGGCAAGGGCGUGCCGGACCCCUUCCCGAACAACAACAACGCCUGCUCCACGCUGCCUCGCUCGCGGGCCGAGUCGCCCACCCCGAGGGCGCUGGAGCAGAACCGGUCCCCAGCACAGGGGCGCCGGGCAGCCCUGGAUCUGGACUUGGACAGGCCUCACUGCGACUCGGCGGGAGAGGGCUCGGAGAAGCUCCGCAACGACUCAGAAUCCGGGGAUGAGCUGAGCAGCAGCUCCACGGAACACCUGCAGACCGCGUCCCCCACGGGUCAGGGCAGGCCCGAGUCCCCGGUCUACACCAACCUGCAGGAGUUGAAGAUCUCGCAGUCCAGCCUGCCGCCGCAGCCCUCCAGCUCGCCGCUGCAGGUGCAGGGCGAGUGGGAGACGCACCGUGACGGCAGCGGCCGGCACUUCUACUACAACCGCGCCACGCAGGAGCGCAGCUGGAAGCCCCCGCGCGCCCGCGACGCCAGCAGCAGCAGCAGCAGCCGGGGGGAGUCCCACACCCCGGGGGAGGCCGAGCCUCUGUCAUCGGAAGAGAACUACCACAGCACUUACUCCAGCCAAUCAGAUAGUCAGUACGGGUCCCCGCCCAGGGGCUGGUCAGAGGAGCUGGAUGAGCACGGACAUACCCUGUAUGUCUGUGAAUACAAUAACGAGAAGUGGAUAAAACACGUGGAUGAACAGGGACGGCCGUACUACUACAGUGCUGAUGGCUCCAGGUCGGAAUGGGAGCUGCCCAAAUACAACCUCUCUCCGCCAAAGCCAGGAGACGCCCUCAAGAGCCGGAGUCUGGACCGCAAGCAGGAGCCCAUAGUGCUGACCAAGUGGAGGCACAGCACCUAUGUCCUGGACACCAAUGACAAGCCGCCUGUCAAACAAAGGCGCUUCCGCUCGGAGCGACUCCCAGGCUCCCCUCCGUACCAGGAACAAGACUCUCCGACAGGCCCAAAGCCAGGCUUCUCUGACUCAGACUCCUGCCCCUCAUCUCCCAAGCCCCCCUCAUCCCCUUCAGAGAAGUGCGGAGUUCUGAACGUGACCAAAAUCACCGAAAAUGGGAAGAAAGUUCGGAAGAACUGGACCUCAUCUUGGACAGUGCUACAGGGCUACUCUCUGCUCUUCGCCAAGAGCCAGGGGGGCGGGACCAGCUGGUCAUACUACCGCAGCGGCUCGAUCCCUGAGCUGCUCCUCUCGCUGCUAAGCAACUGGAGGCGCUCGGUCAAGCCCCGCCCCGCUGUCUCCUAUGUGUACUCUGGGCCUGGCCCGGCUGCCACUAAGUUCGGCAGCCAGUCGAAGCCGGAGUUCACGGUGGACCUCAGAGGAGGCUCCGUGGACUGGGCCUCCAAGGACAAGUCCAGCAAGAAGCACGUGAUCGAGCUGAAAACCCGGCAGGGGACGGAGCUGCUGAUUCAGUCGGAGAAUGACGGCAUCAUAAACGAGUGGUUCAAAGCCCUGGUCGAGACCAUCAGCGCGCACGCCUGGGAGUCGGACGAGGCCAUCGAGGAGGACAUGCCCGAGUCCCCAGUGACUGAGAAGCACGACAAGGAGAAGGAUCACCGGGACUCCAAGAAGGGUAGAGCCAUGAAGAACUCCACCAGCAUGGACUCCUCUGACCAGAAGAAGACCAGAGUGAAGCUGAAGAAGUUCCUCACCCGCCGGCCCACGCUGCAGGCCGUCAGAGACAAGGGCUACAUUAAAGAUCAAGUGUUUGGUUGCAGUCUGACCAGCCUGUGUCACAGGGAGAACACCACGGUGCCAAAAUUCGUCAAGAUGUGCAUCGACCAUGUGGAAAAUACCGGUCUGAACGUGGACGGCCUGUACAGAGUUAGCGGAAACCUGGCUGUGAUACAGAAACUGCGCUUCGCCGUCAAUCACGAUGAGAAGGUGAACCUGGAGGACGGCAAGUGGGAGGACAUCCACGUCACCACGGGGGCGCUCAAGAUGUUCUUCCGAGAGCUGCCUGAGCCCCUCUUCACCUACGGCUCCUUUGACGACUUUGUUAGCGCCAUCAAAUGCCCAGACUACAAUCAGCGUGUGCAUUUGAUAAAAGACCUGAUCAAACAGCUGCCAAAACCAAACCAGGACACAAUGCAGGUUCUCUUCAAGCACCUCAGAAAAGUGAUAGACCAUGGGGAAGUGAACCGAAUGACGACCCAAAGCGUGGCCAUCGUGUUCGGCCCGACCCUGCUAAGGCCCGAGACCGAGACCGGGAACAUGGCCGUGCACAUGGUAUACCAGAACCAGAUUGUGGAUCUCAUCCUGACGGAGUACGAGGGCAUUUUCGGCAGGUAGACCCGGCCGGCCAAGAGGACAGCCCUGCCAAGUCGCCCGAACCACGCAACAAUCCGAGCUUACAUCUGCGACUCUCGCUGUGGACCAAGCAAUAUCAAUAUACGUAUAAAUAUUCUGCUAUUAAUAACUGAAACAAAUGGACUAGUUUACUUUGCACUUAACAUACCGGAGCUCCAUAUACGCAUGUUUUUCUUUGGGUUGCCACUGCUGCGGAGCGAGCCCUUGCUCCAGGGUGCUGUGGUGCAAGAGCGCCCCCUUGUGGAUGCAGAGCUGUGCAGUGAGUGGUAUUCCUCUCCCCUCUGCGGCUGGGAUAGGCAGGGGAGAGCUCCUGACGCGCAAUUCUUGUGGACAGUUUUGAGGUUGGUGAGGGCGGGGGGGGGUCACAGUGGUGGAGUUUCUUAUUGGCUGAACUGGGAGACAGAGGGGAUUGUGGGAUUGGACCAGCUGUGUACCUGCGGGCUUGGCCUCACCAAGGAUCUCAGCGGUAUCAGACCUGCACCGGAGUCGGCUGAUAGAUCUAUAAAAGCACGCCUCGACUGCCAUUUCACCAUAUCAGCAUUAUGGAAUAACCGCACCCGAUUCAGGAAUUAGGAAACUGCUGAGUGUUUGAUGUAAAUAAACAGAGGACUUGAUCUCACCCUGGUGUUUGUACAGAGCUGCAUUGUAUAAUUUAAUGAGCUACUUAAACUUCUGUGCUGCGGCCCUGCAACAGACAUGCAUAAGAGCAGGCCAACAGGUGAGACAUUAUCUCUCACUUUUCCUGGAGUUACUGGAAUAGGAAGUGGACAUUUCUCACAAACGCAACCCUGAUAUUGCCAUUUCAGAUCAAAACCAUAUGCUUCUAUAGCUCUGCAAAAAAAAACAAA